CUGGUGAAAAGUCUGCACCGGUCGCAAGUUAUAUCCAGUCAUACGUGAAUUGUCUAGUAAAAGUGCAGAAAAUGUCUGAGAAGAUCAGAGAAUUAUCACCGGAAUUGGCAAAGCUCGCCAAGGAGGAGCUCAAUGAGGUGCCCGAGAGGAUCAGUGAGGAUCUGGAGGCGCUCAAGGAGUGGAUAAGGAAGCAACCGCACUUGAGAGCGCGAACAAGUGAUCAAUUCCUCGUUGGCUUCUUGCGCGGCUGCAAGUGGAGCCUCGAGAGGGCCAAGGAGAAGAUCGACAGUUACUACACAGCUCGAACGGUGGUGCAUGAAGUCAUGAGUCCGAGAGAUCCAGUGCUGGAGAAGAAUCUGGCAAUAAUGAAGCUGGGCUACUUGAUUCCGCUGCCCGAGACAGAAUCACCGGACAGUCCACGUGUCGUUCUCAUUCGCUACGGAUGCUACAAUCCUGACCAAUUCUCCAUCAUCGACGUGCUGCGCGUGAGCCUGAUGAUUGCCGAUUUGCAGCUGGCGCAGGACGACAACAGGAUGUGCGCCGGUGAGACGGUGCUCGUGGACAUGGAGAACACCACCAUGAAGCACUUCCUGCAACUCACGCCGGUGCUGAUGAAGAAGUUCGCCAUGCUGACUCACGAGGCGACACCGGUGCGCCAGAAGGGAUUCCACUUCUUCAACACAGCGGCAGGAUUCGAGGUGGCCUUCGGAGCAUUCAGGAACUUCAUGAAGGAGAAAGUGCGCCAGAGAUUCCAAGUGCACGGAAACGGCGUGGAGUCAAUCAUCAAGAUUGUUCCGCAGAGAAUCCUUCCACAGGAGUACGGAGGUCAAGCUGGGAGUAUCUCUGAACUUCUGGCUUCCUGGGAGAAGAGACUCAUCGACAACCGAGAGUAUUUAAUGAGUGAGGAGAAGUACGGUGUGGAUGAGAGCAAGAGGAUCAACGGGAAGAAAAAGGAGGAGGUUUAUGGCACUCAAGGAUCCUUCCGCAAAUUGGAAAUUGAUUAACUCUUCAAUUGUGAUUCUAUAGAGAAAUUUAUCAAUUAUACACUGGAAAAUUUACAUAUUUUAAUUGUACUAUUUUCUCCUUGCAGGAUUAGUCAACUUGUAGCUU